UUCGUAGUUUGAAAUUUCGGAAGUAUUGGAUUUCUGAAAUAUUGUCAUUCUAAAUAUUGUUAAUUCUUUAUUACGAAAGAAUGAAUAUUGUAAAUUCUGAGUAUGUGUUGAUAUAAAGAUUAGAGAUUCGAUGUUUUUGACAAGGUGAUAAUUUGUCAUUCUGAAUUAUGAACCAUCUUUAUUUUUUACAUUCCUAACUGUGAGUUUCUGAAGUUGGUAUACUUCUGAAAUUUUUACUUUUGACGGUGUGCCUGCAAGCCAAAAAAGUUAACAAAUCAAUAAUAUUUGAAUGACAACACAUUAAGAUAAAAGAAAAGAAUUCAGUUGAAUGAAAAUGAUGAAAAAAUGUACGGAAUUGAAACUUCAAAUGCCUUGGGGUCAUAUAGCUGCCACAGCCUGGGGAUCACCUGAAAAAAAACCUGUUCUGGUGGUUCAUGGAACUCUAGACAACGCUGGAUCAUUCACAAGACUUAUCCAGUUAUUGCCAGACGAAUACUACUUUAUCGCCAUAGAUUUACCAGGUCAUGGACUGUCUAGUCACUUUCCUCCAGGAAUAAAUUUAGAUUUCUUUAAUUUCAUUCUUGCUAUCAAAUACGUUCUGACUGAACUAAAUUGGAAAACUUGUACAUAUAUUGGCCACAGCUUUGGAGGACAGUUAGGAAUUAUAUUUAGUAUAUUGUUUCCAGAUAUACUAGAAAAAAUAAUCAGUUUUGAUGCAAUAUUCCCACGGAUUGUUAAUGAAGAACUUUUAGUAUCAAGAAUCAAAGAAAUAAAUGACGCGACGUUAUCAGAAUUUUAUAACGAAUCGCCGGUUCGUUUCUACACAAAAGAUCAAGUGUUAGAUGCAUUACAAAACCGCCGUCAAUUUUCUUUGAAUGAAAAAGCUGCCCAAGCAUUAUUUGAACGAGCGGUAACUAAAGUCGGUGAUAAAUAUAAAUAUAAUCGAGAUUCUAGAAUGAAGCCAAUGGUCUACCCGAAUUUGAAUCAAGAUCAAUACUUGGAAUUCAUCAAACAUCUUAAAGUACCAACGAUAGUAAUUCUGUCCAGCAAUUCUUGGUUCAAUUUAACGAAAGAAUUGGUCAAUAAUUUAGAGUUUUUCAAAAAAAUAAUUCCAGCCAGUUGGAUUAUCAAAGUCGUUGAGGGAAAUCAUGACUUACAUAACAAUAAUCCUGAAAGAGUCUCGUCAAUUGUAUCUGCGUAUUUAGACAGUAGUACAAAAAGUAAAUUGUAAUUAAUACUCGAGGGUUUUUGUGAGGUAUUAAUUUCCGGUCUGUAUUUAAGUAAUUUUAUUAAGUGCUUUAUCAUCGGAAAAUAUCAAAACUUAAGACAUUUUGAAUUGAAACAAAAAAUUCUAAAUGUGAUUUUUCCAGAUGAUAAAAGUUAAUGAAAGUAUUUAUAGUACAAUGUAGUUGUAGAGUAAAUAUUUAUUGUGGGAAGAGGGUGUGUAAAUGUUAGGUAUGAGUUAUUUUUAAAAAAUGCAAUUAUGUUAUAAUUUUAUACGAAGUUUUAUUACAAAUACUAAUACUUUAAUGUUAUUUUAUAUUUUCAAACAUUUUAUUAUGCACAUGAAGGGUAGAAGCACCGGUUUUGGAUUUAUAUAUGAACAUAUACAUUGUUAUUAUAAUUAUAAUCGUGAAGUAUUUGCUAAUGAGAUGAAACCAUCUCUUAAGACAAAAUUUUUGUUUAAACUAAAAAAAUACAGUAUGUGUUUAUGGUUCAAUUACUAUUAUGAUGUUAUGUUUGUCAUGUUAAAUGUAAAAAUAAAAUUUGUUCAAUGAUCAG